AUGGAUAUUCAACGCCAGUAUCCUAGUGUCCACUGGAUCUGGGGCGGAGGCAUCUCUUUCGUUUACGAGGUCCACCCUCGCAUCGUGGUCAAAGUCCCGAAGUCUGGGGAAUUCGAGAGGCAACAAUUUCAUAAAGAGCUCGAGAUUUAUCAUGUAUUCUCGCAAAACCCGCCUUGUCCCUCUAUUGUGCAGUGCUUUCUCUUUUCCGGCAGUGGCAUCUUCCUCGAGUACAUGAGAGAUAUGUCACUUUCUUCUAGGAUUCAAAACAAUCACACGCGAGACCAGCAAACUAUGGUGGUUACUAGAGUGGAAAAGUUGGAACCUCUACACCUACGACUAGAAUGGAUGAACGACCUCGCUCAAGCCGUCGCUUUCUUGGAAUCCCUCAACCUCGCUCAUGGUGAUUUACGACCUGAAAAUGUUCUACUUGACCGCAACCGACUAAAGUUAUCCGAUUUUGAUUGUACGGCGAAAAUUGGAACAAAUUACGAAGCUUGCAUGGCUCCGUAUGGCAGAAUACUCAAUCACGAGGAGUCAGACCAAGGAGAAUGUGGAACUUCUGGCUUUCUUGGCCCUCGAACAGAACAGUUCGCCCUUGGUUCCUUGUAUUAUUUGAUUAACUACGGCUUUGAGGUUUAUGGCGAUCGCUGUCUUGCCGAUGAUCCUUACGAACAUGGUCCUAAGGUCGUGGACUUACUACAGAAUAUGGAGUUUCCGAGAUUGGAUGGCAAUCCCCUGAUUGACGAUAUCAUCGACAAAUGUUGGCAUAAUAAAUAUGUCAAAGUUUCAGAACUAGCCACACACACGAAAACACUCUUGGACGAAAGAACCGAUCCGAUGGAAAGUAAUGGAAGCAGAAAGAGGGAAAGUAGCGAAGUGGCACCCCUUGUCAAAAAGAUUUUCAGUGAACGAUGGCGUAUGGUUAUGGGUCGCUUAAUUCAUGGAAUAUUUUUUGGCCUGGGAGUGUGGUGGAGGUCGUUAUUACAGAGGGUCCACGGCGAGGCAAGAAUCGUCAGGCGAGCUAGUGGCGAUAAUCGUGAUGUUGUGGAUCAAACCUGCUUGGAAGAAGAAUUCCUUUUGAAAAAGGAGUUCUGUCAGGACCUGGAGAAACGUGGACUUCUUGAUGCGCUUUCUUCGGGCGAGCCUGAGGAAAUUGGAUUCACUUUCGAUUGGUAUAGGCACAGUCUCUAA